GGGAUGUUUAUAAAUGUUGGACUGUACUGUUGCCACCGUGAUCAACCGUGAAAACAAACCAAACUAUCCUCCAAAUCUUAGACUGUUACUGAAAAUACAGUUAACAUAAUUGUCGGUUUCUGUCUGAGGAAGAAUGGACGAGUCUGUGAAAACUCUGCUGCAACGACUGGUCAGACGGAUACCGAGUCAAAUGUUAAAAACAACUCUGGACAAGUGGGGCCGUCUGACCGCAGAGCAGCAGCAAGCCUUAGACCUCACCCAGCCCAAAUGGACCUUAAUGGAAAACCUAUGGGCCAUUUGUGAGGAAAAUGAGUGGACACUCAAACGCAUCACAGAGCUCGAGAUGAUAUACAUCAUUGAUAAUCCAGACCAGGGAAUGUGGUAUGCUUACCAACUCUUGGACCCUGAAGAUGAUGCUCACUGUGUAGAGUUGACACAGUUCAAGGAACUAUUCAAAUAUCACCUCAGGGAGCUUGUAAGACAUGUGUCUGUCAAAAUAAAGAAGCACACAGAUGAAGCUGUGUGGAUUCGGAUUGCUUGGGGGGACAGCUUCUCUCGCCCCAACCACCUGAAACCAACAUAUGUUGUACACUAUCUUCAGACCCCAUACGUCUUUGUGACCAGCCUGACUUCAAAGCACAGGCCGCUGUUAUCCCAGGCCUUGGUUCUAUCAACUAGAUAUCAAACUCUCAAGGACGCUAAUCUCAGUGGACGCAAACUUACUGCCAUCAGGGACCUGCUGAUGAGACAAUACCAACAGGUGUUUCCAACAAAGUGUCCCAGCCCCCUUGCAGAGAAGACUCACCCUGCCUUAAAAAAAGAACAGGCUGGUAAUGCAGCAAACAGACGUCGUAUGGCCACUGAAGCCUUUGGUGAUGGGACAUUACCUCAGAUACAGACGGCAGUUUACAAGCUGGAAACAAGAUUCAAAGAUCCGACCAACAGGACCAUGUCUGACAGAGAGGAGCCCUUCAGAUGUGUAGUCAAAUUUUCAAGCAACAACCUCCUGGAGUCACUCAGAGACUGUGCAUCUUCAGGAUUUGCCUCCACGCCUGUCACCCCUCUACUCUCAUCUAUUUCCCUAAAAGGAAAGAAUUAUUUUGUCGUCACAGACAAUGACCCUGGUGCCUCCUCACAAACACGACCACAAAACUAAUGGAUGACAGACCUUUUGAUUAAUGGACUCAUAAAUGUGCCAGCAGCAGGCUUAUUGGGGACGGAUCCUUGAUUUAAGGGGCUCUCGUUCUGGACCAGCUCUGCCACGUCAGACCCACCCGUGGUUUGUUUUUAUAAUUCUAUCAUUGAUCUCCUCAUUGAAAUGGCUUUGAAAGAGCCAGUGAUCUCGGCGGUAACAAUGAACUUGUGUUUUUGUUUAUAUGUGCUUUCAGAUGUAAAUAAGUCAGUUAUUAACUGUCAUUUUGUUCACUUUUGUUGGUGUUGAAGUGGCCGAUUGAUACAACUUAAUGUUAAUCUAACAUCCGCAGGAUUUUUAAUACUCUUCUCCAUUGUAAUAA